AUGCCUCACUCCGAGAAGAAGACGCCCGCCCUCGCCCCGCUCCACCCCAACCACCACGUCGCGGCGAAGAAGGGCCAGAAACUCAAGAACUUCUUCCGCAUCACCUCCACCUCCAAGUCCCACGACCCCGCCUCCUCCCAGCCGCAGUCGGAGACGGGCUCGCUGCACAAGGACACCGAAUCCACCGACGACCACGCCGCUAGCACCCCGCCCCCCGCUGACCCGGUGCCGCCGCUGAAGGGCAGCCUGCGCACCUCUCGCUUCAUCCCUCACUACUUUGGCCGCAACCGGAGCACCACCGUCGCCUCCGAGGGCACCGCUUUGGACGAUGCCGUCAGUCCCACCGCCCAGGCCAAUCCUUACUUUCAGCAUCAAGGCCCUCCGGCAUUGCGGCACCACGACGACACCAGCGUCCCUCCCUCUCCUCCCGACACCCCACAAGCACUGAAGAAGGCGGCGAAGGCCAAGGACGCUGGCGCUGGUGCCACUGGCAUCGAUGAACUGGCGCGCAAACUACGUCGUGUCGCCAGCGCCCCCAAUGCCCAGGGACUGUUCAAAGGAAAGAGCAAUGGAAGCAGCGACAGCAGACCACAGACCGCCGAGCUCGACUCCCCCACCAAACCCAGCAGCAAGCUCGGCGCACACGGCAACACCUCUGCGCCUUCCGUGGCCGAGCCGAUGCCCCAGCCGCUAAAGCAGGACCUCUUGCCUGUGCCUGGCAUCCCUGGCAUCAAUGGCGAGUUGAGUCCGGGAAAGAUCAGGAACGCUGUGGCAUUCCGGAGAACAUACAGCAGCAACAGCAUCAAGGUGGGCAAUGUCGAGGUUGGCCCGGGCAGCUUCGACAAGAUUAAGAUGAUUGGCAAGGGGGACGUGGGCAAGGUUUAUUUGGUGCGGGAGAAGAAGAGUUCACGGCUAUACGCCAUGAAGGUCCUCUCGAAAAAGGAGAUGAUCAAGCGGAACAAGAUCAAACGCGCCCUCGCUGAGCAGGAGAUUCUGGCAACCUCCAACCACCCCUUCAUCGUUACUCUUUACCACUCAUUUCAAUCCGAAGACCAUCUCUAUCUCUGCAUGGAGUACUGCAGCGGUGGAGAGUUCUUCCGCGCGUUGCAGACGCGGCCAAACAAGUGUGUGGACGAGGAUGCCGCUCGCUUCUACGCCGCAGAAGUCACCGCCGCGUUAGAAUACCUGCACCUCAUGGGCUUCAUCUAUAGAGAUCUCAAGCCGGAGAACAUCCUUCUCCACCAAUCCGGCCAUAUCAUGCUUUCGGACUUUGAUCUGUCCAAGCAAUCCGAUCCAGGCGGUGCUCCAGCCGUGCUCCUCGCUGCAAGCACCUCCAACUCAUCGCGUCCACAUACCGGAGGCAUCACUUCUAACCCCAGUCCGAACAACAUGCCCACGAUAGACACCAAGAGCUGCAUUGCGAACUUCCGAACAAACAGCUUCGUGGGGACGGAGGAAUAUAUUGCUCCUGAAGUUAUCAAAGGCUGCGGGCACACGAGUGCAGUCGAUUGGUGGACUCUCGGCAUCCUCAUCUACGAAAUGCUGUACGGCACGACGCCUUUCAAGGGCAAGAACAGGAACGCGACAUUUGCGAACAUUUUGAAGGAUGAGGUGCCUUUCCCUGAAGGCUCGGGCUAUCCCAAUAUCUCCAACCUAUGCAAGAGUCUCAUCCGCAAGCUCCUCAUCAAAGACGAACUUCGACGACUAGGAUCGCGCGCGGGCGCCUCAGACGUCAAAGCCCAGCCCUUCUUCCGCUCCACCUCCUGGGCUCUCCUCCGCCACCAAAAACCGCCCAUCAUCCCCAACCAAGGCCGCGGCAUCGACACCAUCAACUUCCGCAACGUCAAGGAAUCGCAUUCCGUCGAUCUCGGCUCGCCGGUCGCGGGCAAGAAUAAAGGGUGGAGCAUACCCGCGAGUAAGAUGAAGGGCGUACCGCUCGACAGUGGGCUUGAUACGCCGGGCGGGGAAAUCGCGGAUCCGUUCGAGGAGUUCAAUAGCGUUACGCUGCAUCAUGAUGGCGAUCAACACGGGCAUGUCGAUAUGGAGCACAGCAAUGGGCAUCGGUAG